AUGAAGGUUCCCAAGAUCACAGGCAUUGUAUCUGUGGUGCUAAUAUCGCUCACAUUUCUCAACUUUGUGCUAAAAUCCUACACAUACUUUGUGUUCAUAAUACACUCUCCUCAUUCCGUAGAUAGCCAGCUUGAUCUAGAAGGAGAGCUGCCGUUGGCAGAUGCAAUCUCUAAUGGAAUCGCACAGGAAACUGGUGAUGAACACCAUCCACAGACGUUGUUUGUGCCGCUUUUAACGUUUAUUCCAACUAGAUCCCCUGUCCUUACUAGGCCAUGGGUCCUUCUUACCUCAGGGUUUGUGCAUGAGGGACUAGUAGGCUUCACCGCUGCACUUGUGUUGGUAUUUUACCUAGGUAAGUAUGUGGAGAACCUAUGGGGUUCCCGCGAGUACUUGCAAUUUGUGCUAACGAAUAUAAUAAGCUCGAAUAUUGUGAUUUAUAUAGGGUACUCGUUCUACGUACACCUCUGGCAGCCCGAGUUGUUCGUGCCGCCGGUGAUCCAUGGAUCGAUGCCCAUGGUGAUGGGGCUAUUGAUUGCGGUCAAGCAGCGGAUCUCCAAUCACUACAUCAUUUUCUUCCAGGGGAACGUUCGAAUAAAAGUCACCUACCUUCCCUUCUUUGUUUUGGUUGUCAGCUACGGGUUUCUGAGAUUCAACGACGACAUUGUGGUUACUUUCUUACACUCGUUGAUUACAUUCUUUGUUGCAUGGAGCUAUAUACGGUUCUUCAAGAAUGGCUCCAACGAGCGCCAAUUCUACUUGCUCCCCUUUGCUAUAAAUAAACGCAGAUCUGGACGAAGAUUGAGGUCGAAUUCGCUGAACAGGACCAGCACCACCUCGGGAUCCUCCAGUGUCCACACCAGUAACAAGGCCGACGGAGGCAACUCGCUUAAUUUGAUGAACGGGGGCAAUCUAGCCAAUACUCUAGGGGAUAGAUCAGUGCAAUUCUCCCUCUAUACGUUCUUCCCAUUCCCAAUCUCGGUGCUUGUGAACUUACUAUCUACAGCAGUAUUCAAACUAUUGGUGAAGCACAACUUGAUAGACUCGAACGCCUUUGCUGAGUUUGACAAUGAGGAUGAUGAGGAACUGGCUUUCGGCGUCCCAGACGCCAGCAAUAGCUUCAUAAUCGACCAAAUCAACGAUGUAAAUAGCUUGCAGCUGGGAUUGUUUGAUUUAUCGCCUUUGAAGGGUGCACACCAGCUGGUGUCUACUUUACCCAACACUUCUUCAAAACUUAAGAGCGCUUGGAACUGGAUCUCAAGCUCCAAGUCAAUUCCUGGAAUAAAUAAUAACAUGGACAAAAGAAGGAAAUUAGCGAUGAGAGAGUUCGAAUAG